AUGGUGUAUACGAGACGUAAAACUUCAGUUAAAUCACACGAAAAUGCUGCUGCGACAUCUACAAAAGUAUUAAAAAGUGGCAGAGGAAAGGCCAAUAAAGCGGUUAAAAGUGGCGUUAAAACCGUCAGAGAUACUGAAAGAGAAAAAGAAAAAGAAACGUUGACGUUGAAAACAGGACCUCCUGAAGUCGUUGAUGAGAUGGGACCAGUUCCAGCUGCAGAUUUUGUCGAAGACGAUAUGGAAGAAAUUGCCGCUCCAUAUUCGUCAUCGAAUCGUCUUGUCGAUUCACCGGUUUAUGAAGACUUAGAAAACGUGCGGCACGAGGAGCUGUUAUCAGCUAAUGUGAAGGAAGAGCAUACAUCAACACCGAAAAAUGCAAAAUUAAUUCCACCUCCGAGAUUUAUAAAAAAAGAGCAUUUGUUGACAAGUUCGUUUCGUACUGUGAAUGAACAGUCUACAAGUCACUCUUCGUCUUUCGCAAACGGAUUGAGAGAGUACAACGUCGCCGGAACUCCUUCUCAAUUUUGUCCAACACCAUCGUACUCGCAAAGAGUUACCCCUUUCAACUCAGAAUUGGGAGUUCGAGAGCGACAGAGCCAUUUCUCCACUCAAAACAAAACAUGGAAUCCUGUCGGAUUCUCAGCAAACAAUUUGUAUGAUAUGACAAAUGGGAUUCCUUUGCCACGAUUAGAAUGCGAAGAGAACCUGAAGAAGUUGACCAAAAACUAUCUCGACGCGGACUACUACCCGUUUCUUCAAAUCGCUCAGCGAUUUCAUAAUGUCAACAAGGACAUGGAAAUGUUAGCGAUGGGUCAGGCGUUUAACGUCGCAAUGCUGAACAAGAUGACUGCUCGACUCCGCCAAGCGGAACGGGCAAAUGAAACAUUGGAAAGAGAGUCUGAUAUUAUCAGAGGUGUUGGAUUCGAUUUGAAAAAAGCCACGGAAGUCGAGGAAGUUGUUGAGCUCCCGUGCAAAAAAAACUUCAAAUUGUCAUCAAUUGUUACUGUGGCGGAGGCUUCGAAAUACACCUCAUCCCGUUUUUAUGGUGAUUCGAAGCAUUUAAUUCGAUUCGUUUACAAAGAAGUAGCAAAACGUGAUGAUUUCUUUGCCGGAUACUCCGCCCAAGACAGUUCAAAUGCUGGAUACUUUCCAUUCGGAGACAAAUUCUACGGCCCAAUCGUCGAUUUUGUAAUCGCCGGUUUCCGACAACCGAGGGAUAUCAACACGCUUACAACUCUUCAUUGUGCCGCUAGGGAAUCGAUGGUCAAUCUACUAGAUAGAUUCCGUAAGGAGUAUAAAGAUAAAAUGGAAACAACUCCUAAAGAAGUCGGCGAAGCUCUAAAAGAUCGUCUUCUCCGCUUGUCUCUUGAGGAGGACCGUUCGUAUAGCGAACCUCUGGACUUCUACGAUUCAUCACCGCCACACGACAAUUACACCUGCCUCAAAUAA